CUAGCAAUAACAUCACUCUCUCUCUCUCUUUCUCUUUCUCUCUCUUUAUAUUCUUUCUUUCAUCACUCUUCUUGUUCUUCACUUUCUCACUUGUUUUCCCCUUGUUUUUGUAGUCAUGGAAGUUUGUCAAAACUUCUCCGAGCGACGCUCGUGCGCUUUCAAAGGAAAGCGCACUAAGCGAUCACGACCGUUGUCCCCGCUGAAUACAGCGGGGACGACGACUACUACUACAACCAUCACUACUACCACCACCAGUUCAUCGAUUGCUUGUGGUAGUAAUGAUGGUAGUAGAGGUGUAGAUGGAGGUGGAGGUGAUUUUUUUUACAAUUCACCAACCACUUCUACUACUCAAAUUUCAAGACUUAGCACAUCUGAGGAAGAUGAAGAUAUGGCUAAUUGUUUAAUUCUAUUAGCACAAAGUGGAUGUGGCCAUAAAGUAGAACAAGUUAAAAAAGAGAAAAUCAACAACAGGAAAUUUGCAGAAAUAGCCAAUAGUAGUACAACUGGAAAAGCUGGUUUUUUUGUCUAUGAGUGUAAAACUUGCAAUAGAACUUUUAAUUCAUUUCAAGCACUUGGUGGACAUAGAGCAAGUCACAAAAAGCCCAAAACCAUAUUGGAAGAUAAAAAAUCUGUUACUGUCAAUACUGACAGUACUGCAACUGCAACUGCAACUGCUACUGCUACUGCUACUGCUGGUGCUGGUGAUGGUGCUGGUCAUGAUAAUUUACAUGAUCAAGGUCAAGAGCGUCUCAAUAAAAUUAGUAAUACAACAAUUCAAUCAAACAUCAAAACCAAAAUCCACGAAUGUUCAAUUUGUGGAUCGGAGUUCUCAUCAGGACAAGCUUUGGGAGGACACAUGAGAAGACAUAGACAACCUCCAACAACGACGAUGAUAAAUGCAAGCAACGUUUCGGAAUCAUCUCAUGACGAAAAAUCUAGAAGAACUGUUUUGUGUCUUGAUCUUAAUUUACCAGCGCCAGUUGAAGAUGAUCACAAAUUUGAACAAAGUCUAGUCUUCUCUGCAGCCCCUUUGGUUGAUUGCUAUUAUUAGUAAUUUUUAGAAAGAAAAAAAAAGUGAAAGAGAUUAUAAUUCAUAUAUUUUUUUUAGUAAUUUUUAAAAGUAAACAAAAUUUGUGAUACAAUAUUGUUGUUCAUAAAAAUAUACAAAAAUUUAUUUUCUAA